AUUAUUAUACUCUUUGAUCAGUUGAUAACUCCUUGUGCCUUCGGAUCUUGCGUUGGUCUUACAUAAAUCGAAAAGAAAUGUAGUUUUUUUCGCUGUGUAUAGCAAAGCUGCGCAGUUGCGAAGACGUAACGUUACAGUAUUUUCGUUGUGCAUCUGUUGGCGUCUGCCUCCGCUACCGGUGGAGCCCAGUUACCGAAGCUACAGCAGUGGUUUAAUCUGAACGUAGUACUGAUUCAGUACGUAGACUAGGUAAUAUACCAGAGCGGAAGACUGGAGAGGGUGUGUGUGUUGCGCAGCUGUGGGACCACUGUACCUUCAGGGUAUGUGUUUAUUGCUGGGAUCAGACUGGCCAGGGACAUGUGAGCAUUAGCUGUCUCCUAAAGGGGAGUAAGGCAGGUCAGUUAAGACAGCUGUUUUCCCAGAGGCCUUCGGAGUCGGGUGUGAUCCAGGUGAUGGCGAGCAGGAGGAAGUCGACGACACCGUGCAUGGUCCUCCCGUCGGACGCGGUGGAGCAGGACCCAGACAUGGAGGUGACGGAGGGGGAAGAAGGGGCGGAGAGUGCGGCCGAGGCGCCCCUGGAGAGUGCCACAGUCCCCGCCGAAAACGAGGCAGGCGAGGACGGUGAGCGGGACGGUGAGCGCCAUGCCAGAGCAACAGAGCCCAGGCUGGUGGAUGGGGAGUACCGGUGUGGCCAUUGCGGCUACCAGACACCGGAGCUCGGCGCGCUCACGCUCCACACUGACUCGGAGCACCCCGGUGCAUCCCUCGAGCCAUACUAUGCCUGCGCAGGGUGCGGCUUUGCGACCAAGCGCCGCGAUGCUCUUUCCGAGCAUGUGGCACGCCGCCACCCGGGGGAGGACCUCACCACACGGGCGCGGCGUGCUGGGAGUGGGCGGGGCGCUCCCGAGAGGGCAACGGGUGACUCCACCCUAGACAGCGGCCUGGUGGAGGGUGAGGACUUUGCUAUCCACGGCAUCUCCCUGAGCAAGACACCCAUCAUGAAGAUGAAGGGCCGCUCGGAGCCCAAGCGGAUCGCUGUCUCACACAAGGUGGCCGACGAGGGCGGGCUGGAGCGAGAGGACCCACCCCCGGCCGAGGCCCUGCCCCUCCUCGACCCACCCAAGCCCAGUGUCAUUGUCAGCAACCCCAAUCCUGCCCAGGGGGAGCUGAAGAAGGGUGCUGCCGCCGCCGGCCCAGCCACGGUGCUCCCAGCAGGCCUGGCCCAGAUCCUGUCAGCCCUCCAGGCACACCAGAAUGCCCAGACGCAGCUCCUGAUCCCCGUCAGCAGCAUCCCCACCUACAACAGCGCAAUGGACAACAACGCUCUGCUGGUCAGCACCUACAAUAAGUUCCCGUACCCAUCAGCGUCGGAGAUUGCCGGGCUGGCUGCCCAGACAAAGUACGCGGAGGAGCAGGUGAAGAUCUGGUUCUCAGCCCAGCGGCUGAAGCACGGGGUGAGCUGGACACCCGAGGAGGUGGAGGAGGCACGGAGGAAGCAGUUCAACGGCACGGUUCACACCGUGCCCCAGACCAUCACUGUCAUCCCUGCCCACCUCUCGGCUGAGGCCAAUGGGCUGCAGUCCGUCCUCCAGACCUGCCAGAUCAUGGGGCAGCCGGGCCUGGUGCUCACGCAGGUGGGCGGCCCCGGCGGCUUCCCCGUGACUGCGCCCAUCACCCUGGCAGUGGCAGGUGUCCCCGGCCAAGCGCCGCCGGCUGCCAAGCCCGCCCCUGGCCCAUCAGCCCCGGCGGCCCCAUCAGCAUCGGAGACCAAGAGGGCGACCACCGUCCAGCCCCCUCCGCCCACGCCGCAGGAGAGUGCCGCCCUCAGCGGGGACCACUUUGGCGCACGGGUCAAGAAGUCCAAGGAGCAGCUGGCCGAGCUCAAGGCCAGCUACCUGAAGAACCACUUUGCCAGUGAUGCCGAGAUUGCCCGGCUGAUGAAGCUCACGGGCCUCACCAAGGGCGAGAUCAAGAAGUGGUUCAGUGACACCCGCUACAACCAGCGCAACUCCAAGAACAGCCAUGUGCUUGUCUUCAACGAUGGCAGCGGCAGCGGCGGUGGUGGCAGUGGUGGAGGAGGCGCGAUCGUGAUUGACUCCUCCGAUGAGACGCCUGAGCCCCUGCCCCCAGGGCCCCCCAAGGAGAAGGAGAAGGAGACACGCAACAAGUCGUGGAACCCCUUCCCGGACUUCACGCUGCAGAAGUUCAAAGAAAAGACCCCUGAGCAGCUGGUUGUGCUGGAGGAGAGCUUCCAGAAGUGCGACACACCCACGGAUGAGGAGCUGAGCCGCCUGAGGAUGGAGACCAAGCUGACCCGGCGGGAGAUCGAUGCCUGGUUCACAGAGAAGAGAAAGGUGCUGGCGGAGUCAGUCGAACUCCGAGCGGAGCGUGCAUGUAGCGAUGUGGCCAAGCCCCUCCCCCCCUCCAGACAUGGGGCCCAGACCCCGCCGGGCAGCCGGAGGGCAAGCAGAGACAAGAAUGGGAAGAAGACCCCAGAGCAGCUCCACGUGCUGAAGAACGCCUUCGUGCGCACCCAGUGGCCCUCGGCAGAGGAGUACGACAAGCUGGCGGAGGAGAGCGGCCUGCCUCGCUCCUACAUUGUCAACUGGUUUGGGGACAGCCGCUAUGCGUGGAAGAAUGGCAACCUGAAGUGGUACUUCUACUACCAGAGUGGGAACGCCACAGCUGUGAAUGGUGGUGUGAGCCGGAAGAGGGGGCGGGGCCGGGUCCGGAGCCGGGGGCGGGGGCGGUCCUGGGGGCGGAGGGCCAAGAGGUCCUCGGGCCAGGGAAAGUCCCCGCCUGCCAUGAAGUUCAAGACGGGCAAGGAGAUCCUGAAGGAGUACUACCUGAAGCACAAGUUCCUCAAUGAGCAGGACCUGGACGAGCUCGUAUCCAGGUCCAACAUGGGCUAUGAGCAGGUGAGGGAGUGGUUCGCCGAGGUCCACCGGAGAGAGGAGGCUGGUGUGCAGCCCUUCGAGGAUGUGGAGGAGAACGAGGAGCAGGAGGAGGAAGGCGAGGAGUCACAGGGCGAAAGCGAGAUGGCGGCUGAGGAGCAGGGAGACGGCGUCGAUGACGAUGACGAAACUGGCGAGACAGACGACAGCGAUGCGUGGGAGCCGCCUCAGAGCGUCCGGCGAACGCUAUCCGUUUCAGAGGCAUAAUUAGGGACAGCUCUGCCCUGUCCUCAACAGGAUCGUGUUUCAGAGGGAACAUGGAGGAUACUGAUGUGCAGACGGAGUGUGGAUGGCCCCACUGUGUAGAGUGAAUUGGCUGGAUGCAGAGGAGCGCUGUUCUCUCCAGAGUGGUUUCUGAAUGCACUGGCAGAGCUGUGGUGCCACGGCAAAACUGCUGGUGGCCCUGACUUCCUGCUCGGCUGGCCAAGCUCUCAUUCCAAUUGCACUUUCACCCUGAAGAGGUGGCAGUCAGCUCUCUUAGCACAGAAUAUAACAGGUGCCGUUAAAAAAGAGAAGUGUGAAAUGUGUUUUUUAUCAUCUCAAGCUGAAUGUUGAAGACGGCAACCCCUGUUCUGUUCCCUUCCUCCCCUGUUCUCUUCCCUCUCUUCCCUGUUCUGUUCCCUCUCUCCC